AUGAUCUCCACUAGGCUCACCCGCCUGGGUGCGGUGGGCACCAAGUCCCGAGUUCUCCUCGGUUCUCGUGGCAUGGCCACCGUGUCUGACUCUCCCCUCGACAAGAAGGUUGAGAUGACCAACUGGGAAAAGGGAAACUACAUCAACUACAAGAAAUACUCAGAGAACUUGGCCAUUGUUCGUAGCCGUCUUAACCGACCACUUACUUACGCCGAGAAGAUCGUCUACUCCCAUUUGGAUGAUCCCCACGGACAGGAGAUUGAGCGUGGCAAGUCAUACUUGAAGCUGCGCCCUGACCGUGUUGCUUGCCAGGAUGCUACUGCUCAAAUGGCCAUUCUCCAAUUCAUGUCGGCUGGCAUGCCAUCUGUGCAGACCCCCACUACCGUCCACUGUGACCACUUGAUUGAGGCUCAGCUUGGUGGUGAUAAGGAUUUGGCUCGUGCCAAUGAGAUUAACAAGGAAGUCUACAACUUCCUUUCUUCUGCCUGUGCCAAGUACAACAUCGGUUUCUGGAAGCCCGGCUCCGGUAUUAUCCACCAGAUUGUUCUGGAGAACUACGCUUUCCCCGGUGGUCUGAUGAUCGGUACUGACUCUCACACUCCUAACGCUGGUGGUCUCGGUAUUGCUGCCAUUGGUGUUGGUGGUGCUGAUGCCGUCGAUGUCAUGGCUGGUCUUCCUUGGGAAUUGAAGGCCCCCAAAGUCAUUGGUGUUAAGCUCACUGGUCAGAUGUCUGGCUGGACUGCUCCUAAGGAUAUCAUUCUCAAGGUUGCCGGUCUGCUCACCGUCAAGGGUGGUACUGGUGCUAUCAUCGAAUACCACGGUCCUGGAACCGAGUCUCUUUCCUGCACCGGUAUGGGCACUAUUUGUAACAUGGGUGCUGAGAUCGGUGCUACCACUUCUCUCUUCCCCUUCAACGACCGCAUGUACGACUACCUCAAUGCCACCAAGCGUAAGCACAUUGGUGACUUUGCUCGCGAGUACGCUAAGGAUCUCCGCGAAGACGAGGGUGCCGAAUACGAUCAGUUGAUUGAGAUCAACCUCUCUGAGCUUGAGCCUCACAUCAACGGUCCUUUCACUCCUGAUCUUGCUACCCCUAUCUCCAAGUUCAAGGAAGCUGUUGAGACCAAUGGCUGGCCCGAGGAGAUGAAGGUUGGUCUGAUUGGUUCUUGCACCAACUCUUCUUACGAAGACAUGUCUCGCGCUGCCUCGAUUGCCCGUGAUGCUCUGAACCACGGUAUCAAGGCUAAGUCUCUCUUCACUGUCACUCCUGGUUCCGAGCAGAUCCGUGCUACCAUCGCCCGUGACGGUCAGCUUCAGACCCUUGAGGAAUUUGGCGGUGUUGUUCUUGCCAACGCCUGCGGUCCUUGCAUUGGACAGUGGGAUCGUAAGGAUGUCAAGAAGGGCGAGCCAAACUCCAUUGUCUCUUCCUACAACCGUAACUUCACUGGCCGCAACGAUGCCAACCCUGCUACUCACGCUUUCGUCACUUCUCCCGACCUUGUUGUUGCCAUGACCAUUGCCGGUACCCUCAAGUUCAACCCUCUCACCGAUACCCUCAAGGACAAGGAUGGCAAGGAGUUCAAGCUUGCUCCCCCAACUGGUGAUGGUCUCCCAGCCAACGGAUACGAUCCCGGCCGUGAUACCUACCAGGCUCCUCCCGCUGAUCGCGAAUCUAUCCAGGUUGCCGUCGCUCCUACCAGUGACCGUCUUCAGGUUCUUUCUAGCUUCGCUCCUUGGGAUGGAAAGGAUGCUGAAGGCAUCCCCAUCUUGAUCAAGACUCAGGGCAAGACCACCACCGAUCACAUCUCUAUGGCUGGUCCAUGGUUGAAGUACCGUGGUCACCUUGACAACAUCUCCAACAACAUGCUGAUUGGUGCCGUCAACGCUGAGAACGGUGAGGCCAACAAGGUCAAGAACGCUGUUACUGGCGAGUAUGGUGCUGUUCCUGCUACCGCUCGUGACUACAAGGCCCGCGGAAUCAAGUGGGUUGUCAUAGGUGACUGGAACUACGGUGAGGGAAGCUCUCGUGAACACGCUGCUCUCGAGCCCCGUCACCUUGGCGGUCUUGCUAUCAUUACCCGUUCCUUUGCUCGUAUUCACGAAACCAACUUGAAGAAGCAGGGUAUGCUUCCUCUUACCUUCUCCGACCCAGCUGAUUACGACCGUAUUCCUACCGAUGCCAAGGUUGACCUGCUCUGCACUGAGCUUGCUGUUGGCCAGCCCAUUACCCUCCGUGUUCACCCCAAGGAUGGCAGCUCUUUCGAUGUCAAGCUCAGUCACACUUUCAACGAGUCUCAACUCGAGUGGUUCCGUGACGGUUCUGCCCUGAACACCAUGGCCCGCAAGUCUGCGAGCGCCUAA